UCAGCUGUGUCCAAUCACAGCUAAUCACAUGGCACUGAUGAUCAGUGUGCCCUGAUGAUCAGUAUAGCCUCAGCAGUGCCACCUGUCAGUGUCCAUCAGUGCCUUGUGUCAGUGCUCAUCAGUGCCAUGUGCCAGUGCCCAUCAGUGCCACAUAAAUGCCACAUAUCAGUGCCUACCAGUGCACAUCAAUGCCACAUAUCAGUGCCCAUCUGAGCUGCCUUUCAGUGUCACCCAUCAGUGCCAGUCAGUGCCACCUAUCAAUGCCAAUCAGUGCCACCUAUCAGUGCCAGUCAGUGCCGCCUAUCAGUGCCGCCUAUCAGUGGGCAGCAGUGCCGCUUAUCAGUGCCAGUCAGUGCCGCCUAACAGUGCCAGUCAGUGCUGCAUAUCAGUGCCGCCGAUCAGUGCAAUAUAUCAGUGCUGCCUUUCAG